AUGCUAGACUACGCACCUACGAUGACGCGUAUCAUGCGAUUGAAACCCAACAACCUGCAAAUUUCUAUUCCAACCAGGGCUGCUUUGACAAAGCAGCAACUUUCGGCGGAAGCUGGCGACCAUAGUCAAGAAAAUGUCGAACACAGCAUUGAGUUGGACUUUUUCCAGACUUGCCCUCUUGGCUCUGGGUUUGAAUUGGAUUGCUGGAAAAAGGAAACGCCCCAUUUUGCCGCUGAACGAACAGAGACAAAGUCAAUGCCGGAAAAUUCUUCACUUGAUGAUGAUGAUGAUUCAGAUGAUUUUGAUUGGGGAGACGACUCUUCGUCCUCCUACAAUAGAGCAGAGGAGCAAGACAAUAGCUCUAUUUCUGCAGAUGGCGAUCCGUCUGACCCCCACGUACCGAAGCAAGGAAUUCGAGGGGAACAACAAGAACCGAAUCCCUCCGCAGAUGCUGCAAACAGACGAAGUCAAAAUAUUUCCACAUCCAUUCAAAAUCUCAAGCCUCAAUUUCAGGCUGCAGCGGAUCAUAUUUCUGGGAGACACGUUCAUUUUGGAGCCGCAGUGGUCACCGCAGAAUUUACAUAUGAAAAACCAUCCAACGAUGAUUUCUUUCAGCUUUAUUACAGUGCCCAUGAACUUCAACGCCUUCAAGACCAAUACAGAAUUGAUGUUGCUUGCUAUGGCAAGAUCCAUAGGAAGUCCAAUGUCCAGAACAAUAAGGUUUCGUCAGGGAGAGUGGACGACGAUGGUGAGAAUGAUGUCAAGCUUGUCGAUUAUUGUCCAGACUAUCCUGUCUGGUAA